GCUGACGAGUCGUUCCGUCUGUAGCUAGUAGUUUCCGCGCCUGGGGAGAAAAUGGCGGCCGUGCAGGACGGAGGGAGCGAGCUGGAGGGCGAGAAAGAGCCGAAGCCCGAGCUCAUGAACGAUGGCUCCACGGCUCCGGCUGCAGCGCCGAGCUCCCGGCCGGAGGAUCAGCAGACGCUGCUGGCCGUGCUGCAGUUCCUCAAGCGGAACAAGCUGAUCGAGUCGGUGGACGCGCUGCGGCGGGAGGCGGGACUGGCGGACGAGCCGGAGGAAGCUCCGGGGAGCGAGGCUGCAGGAGGCGCCGGCGGAGCCGCGGCGGGGAGCGGGGAGCUCGGGGAUGCGGGCGCGCUGCUCAGCCGGGUGUCUGGAGGCUCACAGAGCGCGGCGGCUCCGGCUCCGGCUAAAGGAGGAGAUGACCAGCCGGACGUCAGCGUGGUUCUGUCAGCGUACAGUCAGCAGGGUGACCCAUCCUUGUAUCAGGUCUAUUACAGCGGUUUGAAGAAGUUCAUUGAAUCUGUGCUGGACUGUCACAGGGCCGAGCUGUCGCAGCUCUUUUAUCCACUCUUCGUGCACAUGUACCUGGAGCUGGUCUACAACAACCAUGAAAGUGAAGCCAAGUCUUUUUUUGAGAAGUUUAAUGGGGACCAGGAGUGUUACUAUCAGGACGACUUGCGGGUGCUCUCAGGCCUCACCAAGAAGGAGCACAUGAAGGGCAACGAGACGUUGCUAGACUUCCGCACGAGCCGCUUCGUUUUGCGGAUCUCCCGCGACUCCUACCAGCUGCUGAAGAGGCACCUGCAGGAGCGACAGAACAACCAGAUCUGGAACAUCAUUCAGGAGCAUCUCUACAUCGACAUCUUCGAUGGCAUGCCUCGCAGCAAGAGCCAGAUAGACAGCAUGUCCGGCAGUUUGGCGGGAGAGGCCAAACGGGAGGACAAUAAGACCAAGGUGUACUAUGGGCUGCUAAAGGAGCCGGAGAUCGAGGUCCCUUUGGAUGACGAGGACGAAGAGGCGGAGAAUGAAGAGGGCAAACCCAAGAAGAAGAAACCUAAGAAAGACAGCAUGGGCUCAAAAAGCAAGAAACAAGAUCCUAAUGCACCGCAGCAAAACAGGAUUCCUCUUCCGGAGUUGAAGGACUCUGACAAGCUGGAUAAAAUCAUGUACAUGAAAGAAGCCACCAAAAGGAUUCGGCUAGGACCAGAAAGCCUGCCCUCUAUAUGCUUCUACACGUUCCUCAAUGCCUAUCAGGGUCUGACAGCAGUGGAUUUCACUGACGACUCCAGUCUGUUAGCAGGAGGUUUUGCCGAUUCCACAGUGCGCGUGUGGAGUGUCACACCUAAGAAACUGCGCAAAGUCAAAUCAGCAGCAGAUCUCGGUAUGAUCGACAAGGAGUCUGACGAUGUACUAGAAAGGAUAAUGGACGAGAAAACCGCCAGUGAAUGCAAGAUCCUGUACGGCCACAGUGGACCGGUAUACGGCGUCAGCUUCAGUCCUGACAGAAACUACCUACUGUCCAGCUCUGAAGAUGGCACAAUCAGGCUUUGGAGUUUACAGACGUUCACCUGCCUGGUUGCGUAUAAAGGACACAACUACCCAGUGUGGGACACUCAGUUUUCUCCAUACGGUUACUAUUUUGUGUCUGGAGGACACGACAGAGUGGCACGCUUGUGGGCAACUGACCACUACCAGCCACUUCGCAUGUUUGCUGGCCAUCUCGCUGACAUCACCUGCACACGAUUCCACCCAAACUCCAACUACGUGGCCACGGGGUCAGCUGACCGCACUAUCCGCCUCUGGGAUGUUUUAAAUGGUCACUGCGUUCGCGUCUUAACAGGUCACAAGGGCCCCAUUCACACUCUGGCAUUUUCACCUAAUGGAAAGUACCUAGCGUCUGGAUCGACGGACGGCAGGGUUCUUUUAUGGGACAUCGGCCACGGGCUUAUGAUUGGUGAACUAAAGGGUCACACGGACACAAUAUAUGCUCUCAGGUUCAGCAGAGAUGGCGAGAUCCUAGCCUCAGGCUCUAUGGACAAUACAGUACGGUUAUGGGAUGCCAUCAGGGCUUUUGAUGAUGUAGAAACAGAUGACUUUACUGCAGCCACAGGCCAUGUUCAUUUACCUGACAAUUCACAGGAGUUAUUACUGGGAACAUACCUCAGUAAAUCCACACCCGUCAUCCACCUCCAUUUUACCAGACGCAACCUGCUACUAUCUGCUGGUGCAUACAACUCUCAAUGACAUUGCUAUUGCAGUUCAUACUGUUCAGUGUUGUGGAAUUUACGCAUUACUCCCCCUAACAGUGUAUGCAUUUCCAUGUUUUUUUUUUUUUUAAAGCUCUGCUGAACCCAAAUGAAAAUUGAAUGAAAUGUCAAUCUUAGGUUGGCUUUAACUUAAUUUUAUUUGUUUACACAUCACUGCCAUGCAGGUUUUUUUGCCCUGUUUUCUCCCUCUUACCCCACCCUAUUCUGUACAGUCUUUUAUAAUGGUGCCCAAUAUGUAAAUAAAACAUUUUCUAUUA